AUGUCUCUUCCGGGUGUUUUUCUUUUUUCACACUACGUGGAAAGCUUUUGGAGUACACCUCCGCCUCUCGUGGACUGGUCGGGUGUUCCUACCUUGGUUUUGGUUGUGGUAGCGGUUCUAAUGGCGGCCACAGCGUUGUUGGCGCGCUCACCAGACACCAAGCUCCCGACGCGCCUCCCUGGUCCACCUGCCUUACCACUCCUCGGCACUAGGUGGCUGUUUUGGAGUCGAUACAAAAUGAAUAAACUACACGAGGCUUACGAAGAUAUGUUCAGGCGGUACGGGCCGGUGUUCGCCGAAACGAUGCCAGGGGGCGCAACCGUAGUCUCUAUAGCUGAAAGAGCGGCGCUCGAGGCUGUGCUCCGCACCCCGGCUAGGAGACCUUACCGGCCUCCUACCGAGAUCGUCCAGGUCUACCGCAAGAGUCGACCCGACAGAUAUGCAUCUACUGGAUUGGUUAACGAACAAGGUGAGAAAUGGUUCCAUCUGCGUCGCCACCUAACAUCCGAGCUUACCAGCCCUCACACAAUGCAGGGCUUUCUGCCGGAACUGAACAGCAUCUGUGACGACUUCUUAAACUUACUGCAAUCCUGUCGGCGGCCUGAUGGGACCGUUUAUGGUUUCGAGCAACUCACCAACCGCAUGGGACUUGAAUCUGUAUGCGGUUUGAUGCUGGGCACGAGGUUGGGAUUUUUGGAGCGUUGGAUGUCCGGGCGAGCCGCGGCGUUGGCUUCCGCAGUAAAGGCUCACUUCAGGGCCCAAAGGGACUCAUACUACGGUGCGCCGAUCUGGAAGUUUGCGCCCACCUCGCUGUAUAAGACCUUUGUAAGAAGCGAGGAAACAAUACAUACGAUAAUAUCGGAGCUCAUGGAUGAGGCGAUGUCGCGCACGGCGGGCGCUGCUCAAGACGACGGCAUGCGCCAAAUCUUCCUCAAUAUUUUAGCAAACCCUGAACUCGACAUGCGCGACAAGAAGGCCGCUGUCAUCGACUUUAUCACCGCUGGCAUUGAGACGUUGGCAAACAGCUUGGUGUUUCUGCUAUACUUAUUAAGUGGUCGACCAGACUGGCAGCAGAAAAUACGCUCGGAAUUACCAUCUUGUGGAGAGCUUCGAGUUGAGGAGUUGGCGGCCGCAUCUUCAAUACGAGCAGCUACCAAUGAGGCAUUCAGAUUGCUUCCAACUGCACCAUUCCUCGCGAGGUUACUAGAAGCACCCAUGACAAUCGCCGGUCAUCGCUUACCAGCUGGGACGUUCGUGCUGGCGCACACGGGUGCAGCGUGCCGCCGCGAGGAGAACUUCUGGCGCGCGCACGAGUACCUGCCGGAGCGCUGGAGCAACGUGCGCGAGCCGCAUGCCGCCGCGCUGGUCGCACCCUUCGGUCGUGGCCGCCGCAUGUGUCCCGGCAAGCGCUUCGUCGAGCUCGAGCUCCACCUCAUACUGGCCAAGAUAAUGCGGCAAUGGCGAGUUGAAUUCGACGGAGAGUUGGACAUUCAGUUUGAUUUCUUGUUGUCACCAAAGUCACCGGUUUCGUUGCGAAACCAUGGGUUAAACAUUACAUUAGCUGAUGAUGGUUCAUUAGGAGAAGAAAUUAAUUUGUUGAUUGGCAAAGACUACUACUUCUCCUUUAUAAAUAGCGGUAUAAUAGCCGACAUAGAGAAAGCCUUUUUACAAUUAGGUCUGCAGGAACAGGAUAAAGAUGUUACAAGAUUUCUUUGGUUGAAGAAUUGGAAAACAGGAGUAACUGAAGACAAUUUUGAAUGUUAUCGAUUUUGUAGAGUUUCUUUUGGUAUAGUUUCUAGUCCAUUUCUACUAAACGCUAUCAUUAAGUACCAUUUAUCUAACAAUCGAGACCCUUUAGUGGCCAAUACAUCAGAAAAAAUAUAUGUUGAUAAUCUGAUAACAGCAGUAGAAUCAGUCCAAGAUGCCAUUAAACUACAAAGUAAAGUAUAUACAGCAUUACAAGAUAUCUCUAUGAAUGUAAGACAAUGGAACUCAAAUAGCAAAGAAUUUAUUGAAGCUAUACCAAUAAACCUAUUAGAAAAUAAAGAAUCUACUAAAGUUCUAAGUAUGAUCUGGAACACUAAAAAAGAUAUUUUACAUUAA